GAUUCAAGCUUCAGAUUAUUGCUAUACGUUUCCAGCGCAGCUCCUUGGUCUCAAUCAUUAUGUCCACAAGUUGCCACCUCUUUGGCAUAAUUUUAAGGCUGUAAAGGUACUGUUAUUUAAGUCAGUACAUGUGACAGGUGAAGUUCUUGAGUUCUUCCUGCACAAUUGUCCAUUUGUUGAAGAAAUGGUAGUUCAUGGAUCGGAAACUCUGGUUAAUUUGGAAGUUGUUGGUCCUUCCCUCAAGUUGAAACACUUGGAGAUAUGGUUCUGCGUUGGUUUAAAAUCACUUAAAAUUUGUGAUACAAACAUCGUAACACUUAGGACUUCAUCAGCCCACAAAUUAUUGCUUUCAAAUGUUCCAAUGCUGAUUGAGGUAGACGUUGGGGGUCAUCCGUUCCGGCAUAUUUUGGAUACCAUAGUUCCUUGGGGUUCCUGCAUACUCUCUCAGCUGGAGGUCCUUAAAAUACAUGCUUAUGGGGGAUUGGAGUACUUGGAGCAUUACAAGUUCCCUCAACUUGGGCAUUAA